GAUUCUCAUUCAUUUUCAGGUAAACAUAUACAAACUUAACAUCAUGAAAGCAGACAUCAGAAACAGGAGGAUAAAAGAAACAAACACGGCGGAGCUUUCUGGGUAACAGAUCAGAGUCCAAUCUGGCGGAUCCCACCCACGAGAUCAAGCCCAGAUCAUUCCCCUCACUGCCUCCCCAGAAAGACUCCUCUGUUGCAGGAAAAUACCUAAGACGAAAACCCAAAAAAUGCACAAUCUUGCUCGGCUCAAUGAUCCUCCCGCUGCUCUCAAGCAACACCCCAAACUCGGACUAAGAGAACCACCCCAAGAACAAAAAAAAAAAAAAAAAAACCCCUUUCAAUUUACCGGUCCUUCCUAUUUAUACCCCAUCAAACAAAACCCUAACUCCCUUCUUCUCUCCUCAUCCAAACCCUUCAAUUUUUUUUCUUUUUCCUUCCACCGUUGAUCGGGUGAGGCCAAAAUUGGCCCUGCAGGACAGCCAAGAAAGCUGGAGCGUGAUGUCAUCCUGCAGGUUUAUCUCAUGCUCGGUUGACUGCCACAUAGGCGCAGGAUCUAUCUUUGCAGCUGCAGGAUCUGGUUGCAGAAGAGGGGCGGCGCAGAGAAAGGGCUGCAGAAGAGAGGAAAGAUUGAUGGGGAAGGAGAAGGUAGGCGGAGUCGGCUGCAGCAGCAAAAGGGCGCAGGCAGCAGGGGGCGUGGGCUGCUGCAGGCUCGGGUGCAGUGGCAGGGGGGGCGGAGUCGGCUCGGUUGCAGAAGAGAGGAAAGAUUGAUGAGGAAAGAUAAGAUUGAUGGGGAAGGAGAAGGUUCCAGAUCCCCUUUUUUUGUUUUUUUUUUUUUUUUUUUUUUUUUUUGUUUUUUGUAUGAAUUAAUGAAAAUGCAAGGAUGAUGAAAAUUUUGUAAUAUAAUGUAAAUUUGGUCAACAAACUUUGACGAAGUUCAAUUUAGUCCUUUUUGGUGAAAAGAGCAAAUGUCAUGGAGUUUGAAAAAAAGAUGAUUCUUUUGUUUUUUUUUUUUUUUUUUAACAAAAUGUGAAAUGCUUU